AGCUGAUUGUGACGUAACAUGGGGAGGUAAGGCGAGAGAAGUGCGAGCGGUAGAAGUAAGAGAUACUUCGGAGUUAUGGUGCGAGGCAGGCUACGGAGGAAUACGGGCAACUCAUAACGUUAAAUAUAUAAUAUCCUUUAGGUAUACCGAUAUUGUGUUAUUCCGUGGACCGGUGGACCCGCUUGUGUGCGCCUGUCACGAAGUGCAUUCCAGAAGCUCUACACAAUCAUUAAUUUCCAUUUUAAGAAGAGAGAGACGGAGACCGAAAGAAUUCGCUGGUACUCCUAAAAAGUUGCAGUGAGGUGAGUGAAGAAGACAUGGUGGAUUAUUAUGACAUUCUGGGAGUGUCAAGAAAUGCCUCUCCGGAGGACAUCAAGAAGGCGUACAGGAAGCAGGCUCUGAGAUGGCACCCGGACAAGAACCCAGACAACAAGGAGGAGGCAGAGGGGAAGUUUAAGGAGCUGGCUGAGGCCUACGAAGUUCUGUCAGACCGAAGCAAGCGAGAGGUGUAUGAUACUUUUGGCGAAGACAGAAUGCCCAACAACGCAGGCUCCAGUAGACAUCCCGCUCCGGAAGACUUCCCAGGGUUCACCUUCACAUUCCGCAGUCCAGAGGAAGUGUUUCGGGAAUUCUUCGGAGGCCAGGAUCCUUUCGCCAAUUUCUUCGAUGACUUUGCGUUCGGAAGAGGGAUGCAGAGUGGCUUCCAUGGACAUCCUGGCGCUUCCAGGCUCGGCCCCAGCCGAUUCUUCUCCUUCCCCUCCGCUGGAGUGCAUGACUUCACCUCUUUCUCGUCCUCCAUGGGAGGAAUGGAUGGGGUGAACAGCAUGGGAGGAGGGAUGGGGAAUUUCAAGUCUGUCUCCACUUCUACGCGCGUCAUCAAUGGCAAACGCCUCACCACCAAGAAGAUCAAAGAAAACGGUCAGGAGAGAACAGAGAUCGAGGAAGACGGGGUCUUGAAGACAGUGCUCAUCAAUGGUGUGGAGGAUGAGUUGGCCUUGGCUCUGGAGCUCAGCAAGAGAGACCAGCUGCCCCCAGCCAGCCCUCACACACACCAGGCAACACCUCCAGAAGCAGGCAGAGAGGAUGGUACCAGUGGAGCUCCAGACCCAGACCCAUCCACACCGACCCAGCCCCGGCUCUGGCCAGCCCUCACACACACCCAGGCAACACCUCCAGAAGCAGGCAGAGAGGAUGGUACCAGUGGAGCUCAGACCCAGACCCAUCCACACCGACCCAGCCCCGGCUCUGGCCAGCCCUCACACACACCCAGGCAACACCUCCAGAAGCAGGCAGAGAGGAUGGUACCAGUGGAGCUCCAGACCCAGACCCAUCCACACCGACCCAGCCCCGGCUCUGGCCAGCCCUCACACACACCCAGGCAACACCUCCAGAAGCAGGCAGAGAGGAUGGUACCAGUGGAGCUCCAGACCCAGACCCAUCCACACCGACCCAGCCCCGGCUCUGGCCCCCGGUCUAUGGCCCAGCGCUCCUUCAGUUCAUCCCCCUACUUCCACUGCCCUGACGUCCCCAGCGAGGAAGAGGAGGAGGAAGAUCUCCAGAUGGCCCUGGCCUACAGCCUGUCUGAGAUGGACUCCCAGCAGAGAGUGUCCGUCGCGGCUUCAGCAGCAGACGUCAUCUCAGACUCAGACUUCCAGGCCUUCACAGGCUGAUCUGAUUGGCCGUUGCCCAUCUGACCCCUGACCUCUGAGCCUGAGGUCAAAGGUCAAAUCUCCCAUGGUGCACCUUGUCUCUCAGCCCCGCCCCCGCGACUUACUGUACCAGCUGAUCAACACUUUUCAAAGUUUUAUUUGAAAAAGAAAAUGAAACUGACAAAUACAAAUGUAUGUACUUCUAUGUGUGAGUGUGUAUAUAGCUAAAUGAAAGACUGGUUUCUUUGUAAAGUAUUUUGAAUCGAAAACAACUCAUCUACAUUAAAUCAUUUGCAUUUGAAUGUGUCCUGGAAAGCAUUUUAAAUCAUGACUACAUGUUUCAAUACCAUGGAAAGGUGUGUGAUACUAGAGUAAUCUAUAUUCAUUGAAAGCUGAUACAUUUGCAGCUCAAAUAUUUACAUGUGUGUGGAAUUCCAUUAUGUAACGAAUCCUCCACACUCACUGAAUGUAAGCCUGGUUAUACCAGACUGAAACUCUACACUGAAUGUAAGCCUGGUUAUACCAGACUGAAACUCUACACUGAAUGUAAGCCUGGUUAUACCAGACUGAAACUCUACACUGAAUGUAAGCCUGGUUAUACCAGACUGAAACUCUACACUGAAUGUAAGCCUGGUUAUACCAGACUGAAACUCUACACUGAAUGUAAACCUGGUUAUACCAGACUAUGCUAAGCACCCAACUGGGCACAAACUGGUAGAAUCAACAUUGUUUCCACGUUCCAUUUCAACAACAAAUGUGAUUUAAUGUGAAUUCAAUUGAAUAAACAUGGUAAACUUUGUGGAUUUGGAAAAAGUCAUCAACGUACAGGAA